AUGGCCUACUUCUUCGUGCAGCUGCACAUUACGAUCGCCUUCUCGGUCAUCCUGAACCCGGCCUUCUACCUCGCUGAACGCUUAGUUUUAAAAAUGCACCAAAAGCAGGAGGACGAUGUGGAAAAUGCUCUCACCUACGGGGCUUCUUCGUACGCCGCUGCCAACACACCCGGUAAGGACGCCGUUAACGGCGACGAUCGCCGCUCGUCAAAAAUGUCGUACAUCUCCAACGCAGACGCCGAGGGCCCUUACUUUGAUGAUGCUGAGGCGGAAGCUGCCGAGUAUCGUGGAAUCAACGCCAUCAAGUACGUGAUCCUGCGUGUCGCCAUCAUUGUGGUGUUAGUCAUCCUAUCGAUAAUCCUGAAGGACCAUUUCUCCGAUUUGGUGGACUUCGUGGGGGCCUCGUGCAUCACGUUGAUCAGUAUUCUGCUGCCCAUUAUCUUCCUGCUCAAGAAGCUGUGGCACGAGAUCCCGCUGUACGAGAAGAUCCAGGCGCUGAUUGUCGUGGUUGUGUGCGGUUUCCUGGGCUGCUACGUGACGUACACGUACGGCAAGACGCUGUUCGCGCCGACGGAUUCGGACGCUGAGUUCCCGUACUGCGAUAGUGAGUACGAGAACCAAGUAUACUACAACUACACUGCCGUUCACGGCGCGUAA